GUUAGAUCGGAUAAGUUUAUCGUAACGUUUCUAGGUAUCUCGACAGUUAACUUGCCACAUCACAAUGGUGGUGAAGGGUUCCAAAAAGGGUAAAAGUACUAAAGGUAAAAUCCCUGAAAGUCCAGAACAAUCUUCCACGAAAGUUGGAGAUCCUGACAACCAAAACGAUAUAGUCCGAGAUUCGCCUUUGUUGUCAGAGAACGAAAUGAAACCACCGACUUCAUCUUCCACUCCUUGGGACAAAGACAAGAAAAUAUUGGGGCCAGCCGCUCUUCGUGCAAAGACUUCACACCCCUCAGCACUGGUCAUGGUUUGUGACGCAAUUAACUCAUUAGGCGAUAAGAAGGGUGUUUCUGUUCAAGCCAUCAAGACAUGGAUGUUAGGGCAAUACCCUGAGAUUGGCCAAAGCAAAGUCAAGUUUAUGGUGAAAAAAGCUUUAGAUAAGGGAAUGAAGGAAGGUGUAUUGGUUAGACCUAAAAAGUCUGCAGACAUGGUGGGUGCAACUGGUAGAUUUUUGGUUGACAAUACAAAGUAUAAGAAGAUCAAUAAAAUAAAGCCCGAUGCUACCAAAAAGACUAAAACAACCGACGCAAAAAAGACCAAGGGAGUCAAAAUGGGCAAAUCUGUUGACGAAGCUCUUCCCGAAGAAAAACCUAAGCCUAAAAAAACUAAUAGUACGAAAAAUAAAGAGAAAACAUUGGAACCAAAAUCAAAAAAAGCGAAGACAGCUAAGCCUAAAACCAAGCAAGAGAUGAAGAUUUCUUCGGAUACAGAGGUCAACAUUAAAAAGAAACUUUUUGAUGAUGUGGGCUCAAAGUCUGAUACAGAAGCGACCCCAAGGCCAACUAAAAUUAAGGCCAAAAGGGGAGGUAAACUUCAAAGAACCGACACAUUACAAAAACUUGAAGAAAUUAACGGCAAGGACGAAGGAAAAAGUCGAAAAAAGAAAGAACCUAAAAAAACUGCUACUGAAAAGGGCGCAAGAAAAAAGAAAGAUUAA